AUGCAAACAAACUAUCUCCAACUGAACAGUGCCAAAUCAGACAUCAUCAUCAUCGGCCCCCCAUCCCGUAUCAAAGACAUCCAGAAUGUCCACUUCACCAUUGACGGCCACACUCUAUCUCCCGCCCCCUCACAUCCGCAACCUCAGAAGUCACUUUCGACAGCAUGCCGCUAUGGCCACGUUCAGCACUUGGAGCACCUGCUGUUCUACGGAGCCGACAUGAGCUCCCAGAAUGCAUCUGGAAACACCGCCCUCCAUGUGUGUGCUCUCUACAACCAGGACAGCUGUGCACGAGUUAUCCUGUUCCGGGGGGCCAAUAAAGAGAUAAAGAACUACAACAGCCAGAGCGCCUUUCAGGUGGCUAUUAUAGCAGGAAACUUUGAUCUGGCUGAAAUCAUAAAGGUCCACAAAGUAUCAGAUGUUGUGCCUUUUAGGGAGACCCCCUCUUACACCAGCCGUCGACGUUUGACAGCGGGACCCCUGCCCUCGCCACGAUCUCUGCUCCGCUCUGCGAGUGACAACAACCUGAACGGGGACCACGAUCACAUCCACGGUCAGGCCCCCAGAGAACCUCGUGGCCGGCAAGGUCACUCCCCCGUCCCCUCACUGCGCAGCCUGCCAGCUUUCGGUCAGCAGCACAGCAGCCUCGGAGAGAGCCGUCAUGGAGAGAUCCCUGACAGCAGUCUCCAGAGCACAGGCAGCUCCAGAUCCUCCCAUUCCCGCUCGCCUUCGCUACAUCACAUGCACGAGGAGGACAGGCCGGUCCCCAGGAGGUCCCACAGCCAUGGAUACCCUCAUGGACACAGCCAUCGUGGAAGACUCAGCCCUGGCUCAGUGCAGCGAGACCCAAGCCCCCCACAUCACACCCCCCCAGCGCUGACAGGCCCCCGCGGGCCCAAACGGAAACUCUACAGCGCUGUCCCGGGACGUACCUUCAUCGUGGUCAAGCCCUACACGCCACAGGGGGAGGGAGAGAUCCAACUCAACCGAGGAGAAAGAGUCAAAGCUGACAUCUCGUAUACUGAGGACGAUGAAGAUUGUGCCAUAGACAUAAGUGAUGGUGGUGAUGAUGAUGAUGAUGAUGAUGAUGAUGAUGAGGAACUUGAAGAGACUCGGGAGGACCGCACUAAGAGACUGUUCAGACACUACACUGUGGGAUCCUACGACAACUUCACCUCAUACAGUGACUAUAUCAUAGAAGAGAAAAAUGCUGUUUUGCAGAAGAAAGAAAACGAGGGGUUUGGCUUCGUCCUGCGGGGAGCCAAAGCUGAAACGCCCAUCGAGGAGUUCACCCCCACCCCAGCGUUCCCCGCCCUUCAGUACCUGGAGUCUGUGGAUGUGGAGGGAGUGGCCUGGAGGGCUAGUCUGAGGACAGGAGACUUCCUCAUCGAGGUGAACGGGGUGAAUGUAGUGAAAGUGGGCCAUAAGCAGGUGGUGUCCCUGAUCCGGCAGGGGGGCAACCGGCUGCUGAUGAAGGUGGUGUCCGUCACACGCAAGCCUGAGUCUGAGGAGGUUGUCCGCAAGAAAGCUCCCCCGCCACCCAAGAGAGCCCCCAGCACCACCCUGACGCUGCGCUCUAAGUCCAUGACCGCUGAGCUGGAAGAACUGGCUUCUGCUCGAAGGAGAAGAGGAGAGAGACUAGAUGAGAUGUUGGCAUCACAGGAGUCUAUCUUGCGUUCUCAGCCCUCAGAGGCAGAUUACAGAGCAGCUACUGUCAAACAAAGGCCUACCAGCAGGAGAAUUACACCAGCAGAGAUCAGUUCACUGUUUGAGAGACAAGGGAUGACUCUACAUGGAGGUCUGCACCCCGGCAUUGAGAGGGGUCACAUACCGCUACCCAAGGGGAUGUCCAGGACCAAGUCUUUUGGUGCCACUGAGGAGGAUCGGCUGUCGGCCCUUGCAGCCGAACACAGGUUUCCCCGCAGUUCCUCUAUGACAGACAGCCUCCGAGAACACUCUCAGCCCCAUCCCAUCCCUCCACCUCCACAAACUGCACCUCCUCCUCCUCCCUAUUACCUGGACACUGGUCCUCCCCCAGCCUUUUGUCCCCCUCCUCCCCCAUCUAGGACCCACAGUCAGGGUCAUGAGCCUGGAGGACGCUCCAGCUUCAAGCCUUCAUCCUUGGAUCUGCCGUACGAGGCCGCUCAGCGACAGGCCACACACUUAGAGAGACAGAAGAAAGCGCGCUCCAUGAUCAUCCUUCAGGACUCUUCACAUCUACCUGUAGAACCGACAGAAAUCCCCCGUCCUUCUGCUGCUACUCCACCUGAGCGAAUCAAAAGGAAGGGUCGGGUUAUUGACAACCCUUAUGCCAAUGUGGGUCAAUUCAGUAUUGGACUGUUCACACCCACCAAGCCCCAGAGGAAGAAAAGUCCACUGGUGAAACAGCUACAGGUGGAAGAUGCACAAGAAAAAGCCAGUUUGGCCUUAGCUGCUGCACACUCCCGAGAAAGCUCUCCCUCAGGACGACACUCACACACCCAUGGACACACACACACCAGCCGUGCAGACUACUACCAGCAGCAGCUGAUGGCUGAGCGAGAGCGUCUGCGUGCCCAGGGAGAGAUGAUGUUUCAGGGGAAGGGUCCCUUCGCCGCUGCUAUAGCUGGAGCAGUGAAAGAUCGUGAGCGUCGUCUAGAAGAACGGAGAAAAUCCACUGUCUUCCUUUCCGUUGGGACUAUGGAGGGGGCGUCCUUAGCCAGCUCCGACUCCCCCUCUCUUACUCAGUCUCACUCCAUCGAUGAACGGAUGCUCACCCGAGAGCUGGGACAGCUGCCUCCCCCUGCCUUGGCUCUGAGCCCCUCACCUAGUGGGACCACCUUUAUCCAUCCGCUCACAGGAAAACCCCUGGACCCUAACUCUCCACUGGCUCUUGCGCUGGCCGCAAGGGAGAGAGCACUGACCUCCCAGAGCCCGACGGGCAGCCCUGAGCCGAGGACUAAACAGGAUCGAGCAGGCCAUGGCGUGUUGUUCAUGGACCCUCAGACCAAAGAGUCUCCACAUGGGGAAGGGGCUACCACAACUCCCCCUUUUUCACCUAAAAGCGCCAAGGCAGGGGGGUAUGGAGUUGUUUCCUCCCCGACAUCUAUUUUAGUUCCCCAGCCCACCAAACCACAGUGGGUCACAUCACAGUCACCGGUAUCUUUCCGGCAGGAGAUGGAGGCCAGAGUAGAGGAGAGGAAGGAGGAGAAGAGACUUGAGGAUAAAAAGAGUAUGUUGAUCAGUAUUAUGGACACGUCACAGCAGAAAACAGCAGGGCUUAUUAUGGUCCAUGCUACCAGUAACGGCCAGUCAGUCGGGGUAGAUCCACACCUAGAACAGACACCUGCCCCCGCGUCCACAGAGCCCAGCAAGUCUCUAAGUCCAAGGGCAAAAUCCCCUAGCCCCUCUGCCUCGCAGCCCCAGGCCCAGCUCCAGGCCCAGCCUCACACUCAGCGUCCCGCCAGUCCAGCGCAGGACAAGAGUCUGGCUCAGGGCAGCUCCGAGGAGGACGUGGACCCUUACACCGUGACUCUGCCUCCUGCAAUGUUGUCCUCCAGCGAUGAGGAAACAAGAGAAGAGCUUCGUCACAUUGGAGUUCUUCCACCACCCGAUGAGUUCGCUAAUGGCAUGCAGGCACAGGGGACGCCAACUCUACCUGCCUCGUCUCCCACCACCCCUACAACACCAACACCCCAAACUCCGUCAUCCCCAAAAACUCCAACUGUGACGCCCACCCAGCCUCAGCCUCCCCAGCUGGCACCUCCACCCAGUGCAGCAGCUGUCUCAGGGAAGCCCUCUGACCCUCUGGAGCCCCCACCGGUGGGUGAGUCCGGCUCUGCGGCUGACUCAGGUGUGGAGGAGGCCGACACGCGCAGCUCCAGUGACAGAGAGCGAGACCACCAUCUCGAGACCACCAGCACUAUCUCCACAGUUUCCAGCAUGUCCACCCUGUCCUCAGAGAGCGGCGAGCCUGCAGACACACACACCACGCACACCUCCUACGCCGAAGGGCUGACUUUUGUGCUCGACAAGCCGCCAGUGCCUCCUAAGCCCCGACUCAGGUCCCAGAUAGGAGGCAGUAAAGGCCCCGUCACCUUCAGGGACCCUCUGCUGAAGCAGAGCUCCGACAGCGAGCUGCUCUCACAACAACAGGCUGCUGCCCUGGCUACUGCUGCUGCAGGCGGAGCUGGGCUGCCCUUCGGCGGCUCGGCCUCAGUGACAGGACUCGGCCCCACCAAGCCGCGCUACCUCUUCCAGCGGAGGUCCAAGCUGUGGGGGGACCCAGUGGAGCCUCGUGGGCCAGGGGUGGGGCUAGGUAUUGGGAGUUUGGGAAAUCUAGGCGGGCUGGGACUUGGUGUAGAUGAUGGAGCAAAACCUUCUGUUAUGGGAGAGCUCAGUUCACGACUACAGCAGCUAAAUAAAGACACUAGGUCACUGGGAGAGGAGCCGCUGGGAGCAUCACUUGACCCGGGGAGAAAGUCACCUGUGGCAGGUGCCAGACUUUUCAGCAGCCUAGGCGAGCUCCACACCAUUUCUCAGAGAAGUUAUGGCACCACCUUCACCAUCCGCCCUGGCAGCCGUUACCCUGUCACCCGACGCAGCCCCGGUUCAGGCUCCCCUGAUCGGGGUGACCCAUUCGGACGAUACUCAGGCUUCGGCCUACCGACCUCACCGACUACACCCCCACAAACCAUCCUCAAAUCCUCCAGCCUCAGCCUACCCCAGGAGCCUAAAGAGGUCCGCUUUGUGAUGAGGAGCUCCAGCGCCCAUUCCCAUUCCCGCUCUCGCUCCCCGUCCCCGUCCCCCUCCCAUUCUCCCGGGCUAGGGUCACCACUUUUAGCCCUCCGGCCCUUUCACCAGAAACCCCUCCACCUCUGGAAUAAGUAUGACGUUGGAGACUGGCUGGAGAGCAUCAAUCUGGGGGAGCACAGAGCAGGGUUUCAGGAACACGAGAUCGAAGGCUCUCACCUCCCAGCUCUGACCAAGGAUGACUUUGCAGAGCUGGGAGUGACGAGAGUGGGACACCGCAUGAACAUCGAACGGGCGCUAAAGAUGCUGCUGGAGAGCUGACCCCUGCCCUGAGACCCUGCAACAGAUGGAGAGAGAGGUAGAACGGAUAGAGUUGAUGAAAGAGAAAAGAUAGGGAUCACUCCUCUUUUAUUCUGGCUGCUUUUAUGUUCUGCAUCACAAAAGUUUACCUUAGCGACACCGUUAUGUUCCUGUCUGCAUUAACACCCUGCACUUGGCACUGCACUGAAGAGGAGGAGUCAUUCGUCACCCUCUACUUGCCAUAGUGUCUGCCCGCCUCUUUGCCUGCAGCCAAUUAGAUCAGACCUCAAAAUAAACUCUGGACUUUGUUUUUGCCGAGGAGAAUCGCAUGAGCUCCAAUUAAAACAUUUGAUUUGUGAAAGCUUCAGUUGGUCCCUCAGUAACACCCACACUUUCUCUCACUAUUCCCUUCUCUUCUCUACCUCUAUCCCCCCGUCUAUUAGGCCUCUGAGAGACUUCUGCAGUUUGAGUAAAAGAGGAGGAAGAAUUGUGUUCCCAACAGAAAGCUCAGUUGCCUUUCAAAAAUAUUUAUACAGAGAUCAACAAUGAUGAACAGAGGACAAUGAACAUGACACGGUGCGUCUUCUCUACACCUACUGUUGUUUUUAAACCGAAGACUUUGGAGCCCAGAGGUGGAGCUCCACCCAGUAAACCACGGGAGAACACCCCUCCGCCUUGGUACUGUGUUAUCUAUUAUAUUUGGAGAAUGUUUAACCAACACUCGUGGCUUUUUUCAUAAUCAAUUUUUUGGUUUUCCAAAGGGAAUAUUAUAUAAAUAUAUAUAUAGGUAUUACAUAAUAUGAUAUAUAUGUAUCUAAAUAUAGCUUUCAAAAGAAAAGACAAUGUUGCAAAGAGGUAAUGUAAUAAAUUAAUCUGCGCCUGUUUUUGUUUUUUAGUAUAGAAGGCAGAGAGAAACCUUAAAACGUAUUCCACCGGUAGCUUACUCAUUUCUACCAAUUAUAUACAUAUAUAUAAAUAUAAAAAUAUAUAUUUGAAAUUUUAAAAAAAAGUAUAUAGAUAUGGAAAUGAAUUUUUUGUCAUAGGUCUACAACUUUCCUUAUGGUCACCCUUUCUUGAACCGUAGCAUGACGAGUUGCAUCAUGUCUUGGACAAAGAGUUUGAUGUUUGUUUUUAUUUUCUUACGGUCUUCCUUCAUACUAAAGGGCAUCCCGUAAUGUGAGGCUGAGACCCCCAGGGGCCACCCAUCCCUACGGCUUCAGCUACAGACCCCACUGAGCCUAUUCAGAUCCUGCUUUGGACCAUCUUAUGAGACAGCUAACUGGUAAAAGGGGCUCUUCAUGUUUUGCCCGUUUAUCACUCAGGGAUGGAAGUUUGGGGCACUAGCAUGGAGAGAUUGUCAGCUGUUGUUUUAAUAAUACCCAUUUAAUUCUACCUGUGAGGACAAUUUAACACCACCACAGUCUGAAAAAUGUUAGACUGCGUUAAAAUUUCCAUCCCUGUUGACCCCUGAUGAUGCCUUCAGAGCAGGCUGCACAUGGUCUACUAUACACACGUGGAGGAAGGAAACUCUGGGAUGUUUCUCAUCACCAGAAGAGAGGAAAUCUCUUUCAGAUUUUAAGAAGGAAACUAACAGGAAACCAAGCAUGUGAACCUGGCUAAAUUAAGCUUAAAGUGUUCAAAUAAAGGUAAUCUCUUACUUAAAACCAACUGUUACCCGGAAUAUAACUAACAACGUGUGGCUUAAUGAGCUAGACAUAGUGUGUGACCUUCUGAAAGGCCAGCGCAGGAAUGUGUGUGUAGUUGAUCAGGCUGUGUGGAUGGGGAUGCCUCUGUAAGGUCUUAAAGAAAAUUCAGCAUUUUACAACCUGACAGUGUCUUGCAACAUUGCUGCUUUCCUCUAUCUCCGCAAGUGAGUAAAGUAUUAUCAUAAACCGUGGCAGCAACAACUCUACAAAUAAGACCCAGGUUGUAAAAAAGACCAAUGAAUUUUUCUUUAACAAUACAAAAUCUACAAUUGUACUCAUUGUAGCUUCUGCUGGCAGUGAGAAACAGUGAGUUUUAUUCAAGCAACAAAAAGCAUUUUAUCCAUAGCUUUAGGCGGCCAGGUGAGAGACCUCCGUGCAUCAGCAGCAUCCAGUGAGCGCGCCAAGGCACUUUCACUUGGCAAGAAGUCGUGUGCAUCUUUUUUCUUCUUUUGUCUCUUUCAUUUCCUGCUGUUUAUCAGUUUGUAAAACGGGUGGUGAAUAUAAUGUUGUACCUGGGUUGUAGGAAUAGCACUCACUGCCUCACUGUGACCUCACUGAUUAUUUGUACUCCGGUGUUACACUAUGUCCUCUGACUCAUUUGGACUUUUUGUGUUAAUUGUUAUUUUUCUAAUUUAUUUUUCUUUCUUUGAUGAUUUCUUACCCUCGGACACUGUGGGUAGAUUUUGUAGCGUAUGGAACAUGAUACUUUAAUCUUUCACUCAUUAGAAUUUUAGAGUGACAGAAAAAAGACAGAAAAAACGAAUAUCCUGUCCAUUCUAAACAUACUUACACUUGUAAAAAUGAACAAAAAAUGUCUUUUUUUUUAACUCACAAGCAAUGUAUAUAUGAUAGAUUUCAUAUAAAUUUUUGAAAAACAAAAGUAUAUAGAUCUAUAUAUGAAUGUUUGGCAUAUAUGCAUAGUUAACCACCUGUGGAAAAGGUGAGCAGAUUUUAUUCUUUCUAUGAACUCUUAAAACUUUUGAACUCUGAACUAUGAACUAGGGGAUGAUUUGCACAAAACAAGGUGACAAGGUGCUAACAUAAAAGCCACCCAUCGUCCAAGUGCAUGCGUGCAUCUGGAUUCCCUGAAACUCUGUGUGGUUGUUCCUCUCCACCAUGUGUGUACGACUGUGUGCGCGAAUGUUUGUUUCCAUUUGUGUGUGAAUUUGUUUGAGAGAGACGUUGAUGAGGAUGCCUGUGAGAGUGUACGGAUGAUUGUUAGGGUUUACAUCUUUGGAGCUAUAGUCCACUUUAGCCUUACUGUAUUACCAUCAGAGAUUCCCGGCAGUGGCUGUGUCACACAAACACGCACAUAAACAACACACACACACGCACACACAUAUAGAAAUACACACAUACAUUCAUCUUCUACAGAUUGACCCUCAUUGUUCUGCAUUCUUGUGUUGUACUGAGUGAAGUUUUCAGAAAGUGGACUGCUCUGCCAAUAGGGAGAGACAGACAGACGGAUGGACAGACGGACAGAUUACCACAGGGCUUGGAAGGAAACCAUCGAGACAUUUUGUAUUGCAAGACGACUUUAAGUCCCCCUGUGACUGUAGGUACAGUUUAUGCAGUGUCACUGUUUCGUACACCCCUUCCCAGAUGGCGUCUGCGCUCCUUACCCUCCACUCUGUCCGGCAGCUCUCCUUUUUCCUUUUUCAGACCUUCAGUUUCUGAGUUUUGGAUAUGAGGUGAUCCAGUGAGGAACAAACACAAAGGAAAAAUGUGCCAAAAAAUAACUUUCAACUGUAUAUUUGUCUUUGCUUUAGGACUAUCUAUAGUUACAGCAUUCUUGAGCUGUUAGACUCAAUAAUAUGGUGCCAUCUCCUGGAAAUCUUGAGAACUACAGACAUUUGUUAGCUCCUUCUGUAUUUAGUACAGGUGGAAAUACAGUCACUGUUAUUAUUUUGUAAAGAAGCAGGCUAUUGUUUAUAUUAAUAUACAUAUAUACAUAUAUAUAAUAGCCUGUGUAUAUCUACCUGUGAGCUUUGCAUUAACAUUUCUAUUUACAUUUUGAGACAAAGUAUCACAAUUGAUUUUACUGUGACAGCUUAUUAUCCAGUUUGCCGUACUGUUCCCAUAUAAAGAGAAACACUUGAAAGGUGAAUGUGUACAGUCUGGACGCACACAAGCUGGCCUGGUCACAAGAAACUGUAAUGAAGACCCGGUCAGAUGGUAGUGGAAGUGCACCGCAAAUGCAACGUGUAACAGACUUACACAUGAAAAGGUGAAAUAAGUUCAGUGAAAGGUUAUCUUUGUCUUGUUUUCUAAUCAACAAAGCACAAUCUAAAUAGUGUAGGGGGAGCAGUGUAACCUUUUAAAAAACCCGCUGGGGUCCGGUCACCCGCUGGAACCAGUGAUCUUAUCGUCAGAGGGGUUUUUCUUUCAUUGUUGGUUUUCUCCUUGUUUGCACUGUGAAGUUUAGAAUGGUGGAUGUAUCACUGCAACGCCUCAGCCUUGUCUCACAGGUGAACUUCCCCUUUCAGCGUCCGAUGAGCAGGCAAACCUUUCUCCGAGCGACCUCCAGACACUUCUAAGCAUUAGAAAUCCCCUCUCCAUUUUAAUACCUGAAAGCGAAAUAAAAGUGAACCAGAAGCUACCUAGUGUUCCUCAUCCAAACAGAUAAGGGUGAUAGUGAAGGUUGAGGCAAGAUCUGAGAUGUUGCCCAGGAUAUCUCCACCACAGAGAUAUAUGUUUGUUAUAUUAUGUAAUAAAUUUAUAAUUGAAACAUGAA